AUGCACGGGCCACCCAAUGGCCUCUUCUUUGCAAACUGUUAUCCAAUUAUCGCUAUUAUUGGUGUCCCUGCCAACUUGGUCGCGAUCAUAAUCCUAUCCCGAGGUCGGUGCAAUCUCUCCCGAUGCGUCAGCUACUACCUGGUGGCUAUCGCAGUAUCUGAUUUCCUUGUCAUCCUCAUGGCUGUCAUCUUCAAACGAAUUGUACACAUUUACUUCCGGUACAGUGUCAUGUCUACCACACCUGCCAGUGCACUCAGUGCGGUGUUGAUCUAUAUCAGUCGGGAUUGCUCAGUUUGGCUGACUGCAGCCUUCACCAUCGACCGUUUUGUGGCCAUCUGCUGGCAGAGCCUGAAGGUGAGAUACUGUACGGAGAAAACUGCAUCGUUCGUCAUAGGAACAAUGUGUGCUCUGAGCUGUGUUAAAAACUUCCCGUUCUACUUUGUCUGCCAGCCUUUAGUCAUUGUAGAUGGCGUCCCCUGGUUCUGUGACAUAAAGUCAACCUAUUACACCCUGCCUGCCUGGCAAGCCUACCACUGGCUCGACCGCAUCUUAAUGCCUUUUCUGCCAUUCUUUCUCAUUUUCCUGCUCAAUAUUUUGACUGCGAGACACAUCAUACCAGCUAGCAGAGCCUGCAGGAGGCUCCAAGGUAUUGAGGACAGUGGAACCAAGGAAAUGGCCAACCGUAGGAGAUCCAUUAUUCUGCUUUUUGCAAUCUCUCUGAGUUUCCUUCUCCUGUGGGUGACUUAUGUGGGAAACUUCGUCUUUGUGCGGGCUAUAGGCAAGGGCUAUAUCAGCAACCUAAAUUUCAAUGACCCACAAUACAUUCUCCAAGAGAUGAGCAUUGUGCUCACUUUUGUCAGUUCCUGCAACAACGUUUUCAUCUAUGCGCCAUCCCAGAACAAGUUCCGUGAGGAAGUAAAGAAAACGUUUCUAUGCCCUUUCAAUAUGCUUGUCAGUUUCACUAAACCGUGA